CUCUCAUUCAUCCAUACAUCUCUUUUUACGUCCCAUCAGCUUUGCUCCCCCAUUCUUCAUCUCAUUUCUUCCCCGAAAACGCUCUCCGUCUCACAAAAAAGGCAAUAUAUAUAUAUAUAUAUAUAUAUAAAAUAGACAAUCCUGGAAAGAAAGAAAAGAAAAGAAAAGAAAAGAAAAAAAAAAAAAAAACAAUCCCGAAUAGAAAGAGAGGGAGAAAAUCGCAGAAAAUCUUUCCAUCUCCCGUGAAAAGAUCGUAGCUGAGCUGCAAGAGUCUCACACACAGGUUUAUUAGAUAGAGGGGAUUGAGGGGAAGAGCCGUAGUGGGUGAUGGAUUCAGCAUCAGGAGGGGGUGCAGCGGACCCGAGUGGCGGAGAGGGGCCGUCGGCCGGAGGAGGGGGAGGGGCGGCUGAGGGGUCAUCGCCGGCACCGCCGAGUAGGUACGAAUCACAGAAGAGGAGAGAUUGGAAUACGUUUUUACAGUACUUGAAGAACCACAAACCGCCAUUGACGCUAGCGAGGUGCAGUGGAGCACAUGUGAUAGAGUUUUUGAAGUACUUGGACCAGUUUGGGAAGACGAAGGUGCAUAUAAGUGGGUGCCCAUAUUUUGGGCACCCCAAUCCGCCGGCGCCGUGUGCCUGUCCUCUCAAGCAGGCAUGGGGUAGCCUUGACGCGCUCAUCGGACGGCUGAGAGCCGCCUACGAAGAGAACGGUGGACGGCCAGAGUCCAACCCUUUUGGGGCGAGAGCAGUAAGGAUUUAUCUGAGGGAGGUGAGAGAAGGGCAAGCCAAGGCUAGAGGGAUUCCAUAUGAGAAGAAGAAGCGAAAACGCCCCACUGUUACGGCCACGGCGGUGGUGGCUGCUACAAAUGUGUCGGCACCGGCUGUCACUCAAGGUGUUGAGGUUGGUGGUAGUAGUAGUAGCGCUGCAGCAGGUGGUAGUGGUGAUGGAACUGGUGGCGGUGGCGGUGCUGAUACUGGCGGUGCUGCUGCUACUACUGUUGCUCCGCCUACUACUACCGUAUAGCCUCACUAAUUUUCUACCUUUUUCCCCCCUAAAUUCCUGUUUUAAUUUGUGAUUAUGAGUCGUAUAUCUGGCGAUUCUCUUAUAAUUGGAUCGACCCAAAUGAACAAAAUUCAGCUACAA